AUGGAGCGGCAGAGACGUGACACGGAUGAGGAGAACCCACUGUGGGCUAACCCCUGCGAUUAUAAUGAUUCUCAAUCAAAACUACAUUACCCACCAACAAAAGAGGUCGCGUUGAAGCUCGUCCGUCAAGCAAAAAACACUUUCUCAUCAACUGAGAAGUACAAGGAUACAUUUGCGUCAAUGCUUCAUAGUUAUCCCAAAUUUGAAGACCUUCUUGGCCCGUGGGAAUCAUCCGAGUACCUCCCUAAGGAAUGGCUGCCGAAGGAGAAAGUCCUUUACCAACAGCUGCCUGAUGAAUACAUUAAUCUGUUAAUGCCAAAACUCGACGAGUUAUUGCCAGGGAUGUACAAAGGGCUGAAGAUGAUUGUUGGAGGACUGAACAAGUUCUCUGAAGAGCUCUCGAACACCAGCAUAAUAGCGGACGAGAGCCUGAAGUCAAACAUAACUCAGUCAAUGCACGAUGUGCGAGCUGUUCUAUGCUAUUUUAAUGACAUCAUGCACGUUCGCAACCUGAAGAUCGAUAAACUUCUGGAAUCUGAAAUCCCUGACUUGCAGAGCAACAUGGGCGCUCUCCUAUACAGGGACACCCUGAACUACUUGGAGUACCUCGCACAGGUGUUCCAGAAAGUUUACGACACGGAAUCUGCUUGA